UUCAUUGAUUUUUUCAUUUUUUGUGAGGUAGAAAGAAAACCAAGGACCCUUUCUCUCACUUUACUCAUUGCAUCAAAUUCCCAUACCCUUUUCCCCCAAAUCCAAUUUUUCUCUCAAUCAUUCCCCUGUUGAAUAAAAAAAACAAACUUUGGUAGCUUUAUCCGAACCCCAAUUAAUCAAAAUCAAAUUUUUCGUUCAUGAUUUUGAGUUUUCCCUUUUGCAAACCUCAAAUUUCAAUUCAAGCUAUGAAUUUGGUGAGAGCUUAGGGUUUGAGGUUUGGUGGAGAUGAUUCCUUGGGGCGGUAUCAGUUGUUGUUUGAGUGCUGCUGCUCUUUACCUUCUUGGCAGAAGCAGUGGCAGGGAUGCGGAACUUCUUAAAUCUGUGACACGGGUUAAUCAGUUGAAGGAGCUAGCACAACUGUUGGAUGCGGAUAUAUUACCCUUGGUUGUUUCAAUUUCUGGAAGAGUUGGUUCUGAAAACCCAAUUAACUGUGAAUUCAGCAGUUUAAGAGGCGCAAUAGUUGAAGAAACAGCAGAGCAACAUUUUCUUAAACACAAUGAUGCUGGUUCCUGGAUACAAGAUUCGGCUCUAAUGCUAUCCAUGAGUAAAGAAGUUCCUUGGUAUCUGGAAGAUGGGACUGAUCGUGUGCAUGUAGUUGGAGCUCGAGGUGCCACUGGUUUUGUAUUACCUGUUGGAAGUGAGGCAUUUGAAGAGUCAGGUCGGUCACUUGUACGUGGAACAUUGGACUAUCUGCAAGGUCUUAAGAUGCUUGGAGUUAAGAGAAUUGAGCGGGUGCUUCCUAUUGGAACUUCCUUGACUGUUGUUGGUGAGGCUGCUAAAGAUGAUAUUGGGACCGUUCGAAUUCAGCGACCCUACAAAGGGCCCUUCUAUGUCACUCCAAAAACGAUAGAUCAACUCAUUGCAAAUCUCGGGAAAUGGGCAAGGUGGUACAAGUAUGCUUCAAUGGGCUUGACAGUGUUCGGUGCUUAUCUAAUAGCUAAACAUGCUAUUCGGUACAUCUUGGAAAGACAGCGCCGCAACGAAAUGCAAAGAAGGGUUCUUGCUGCCGCUGCUGCUAAGAGGUUGGGACACGAUAAUGAAGGUGAAAAGGCUGACGGCUUAGUAGACAGUGCUAAAAGGGAACGCUUAAUUCCAGAUUUGUGUGUAAUAUGCCUUGAGAAGGAAUAUAAUUCUGUUUUUGUUCCGUGUGGGCAUAUGUGCUGCUGUACAGGUUGCUCUUCACACUUGACCAGUUGUCCUCUUUGCCGGCGACAGAUAGAGAAGGUCGUGAAGACUUUUCGCCAUUGAGUAUUGUGCAUAAUACCUUGAGCCCAACUACGUAAAGCGACACGAAAUGAGGAAUCUUACCUCAAGAAUCCAAGAGAGACAAUUUGGUCAUUGAUAGUUGUAUGAUUUAUGCAACUUUCAUCAGUCAUUUUCACAGGCUUUGCCUAUGAGCAAUUCUGAAACCAACGGCUUUAAAAGAAAUAUCAAGCUGGUUAUUCACUGAUUGGUUCUUUUGGCAUAAAAUUUGUAAAUAUUUGUUAUCAGCACAAGUUGCAUUGAACUCUUUUCAACUAUCUUUGAACUUUCUACAUGAUAGAGCUUCACGGUACCACCUAAUCCAUAUAACUGACAUCACCUAGUGAGAAAAUGCUCGGUUGCUGUGUUACUGUUGGUAUUGUAAGGAACUAUUUCCUUAUAGGAUUUUUUCUAUACUUUUUAUUGACAGUUCUGAGAGAGAUGAUUCAACUUA